AUGGAACAACAGAAUACGAACAUAGGCAGUCCACCUAUAUUAAUUUCCAUUCCUGCACAUAAAAGUCGCCAAAUGAAAAUGAGUACAGUUAAUGGCUGUUAUGAUUUAGUUGAUGACAGUAAUGAUUUAAUAAAUUAUCAGACAAUCGAAAAUAACAUAAAUCUAUCAGCUGAAAAAAAACAAAACAUGUGUUGCUGUGCUGAAAUUGAAAAAUUAAAAAAAAUAAUUAAAAGUAAAGAUGAACAAAUUUUAACACAGAUAAUAAUAAAUAAUACAAACCAAAUAAAAGUAUGUACUGUAUUGGAAAACAUGGACAAAAAAAUUAAUAAACUAUUGGAAAGCGAUAAAAGAACUCAUUCAAUUGCAUUUCCACUUCCCAAAAUCCCAGCACCAUUUAUUGAACUACUACCAAUAACAAGUAUAAAUAGUUUAGAAGUAGUUGAACAACUGCUUUCGGUAGACUGUGAUAAUUUUAACCGCAAUGUGGAAGAAUUGAAAACUUAUUUAUUGUUGAAAACUGGCAACCUACAAACUUUAAGUUCCGCUGUGAAAUCUGCGUUUGAUAUAUGCUUCACAAGAGAGAUUGCUUCCUUGUUUAGUUUUCAAGGCAAAACAAAGAAGCCAUUUGUAAAACUUAGUAUUUACAAAGUAUUGCAUGAAACAUUGUCUGGAAGAAUCCAUACCACUGAGGAAGAAAAGGUAUUCUCAAAUAUAAUUUCAAACAUUUUAAAACAUAGCGGAAAUCAUUAUAAAAAUAAAGUAUAAGAGUUCCUAAUUAAUUUUUAUUUUUAUUUUUAUUUUUUGUUUAUAUACCUAAGCCAUAAAAGGUCUAUGGAUACUAUUUUUUAUUAAUAUGGAACU